GUUACUUGCAGGUGCGAACCGCAUGGAUUGCUGAAUUUUUAGUUCCCAAUGUGGACGGGAGAGAUGACUACCAGUGUAAAGAGGAACGAUGGGAAUGGCGCAGAUGGAGCUUCGCAGGUCGUCGUCAAGAAGGAAUUGACAGACCAUGAUGAAGAAUCUGAGGAUUCAGACGACGAUGAAGAUUGUUUUUUGCCGCUUCCCAAGAAGCAGGCGUUCAAGGUUAAGUUCCCUCCAGGCAGCCCCGUGCAGAUCUGUUGCUAUGGGGAAACCUUACUCUCUGGAGACCAUCCGGAUCAAAACUUUAGGGGGAAAGGAGCACCUAGGGUGACCAAGGUCUUAUUCGGCCAUGUCGCAGAGGUUGGCAUCAACUGGUCAGCAGAAGAAGGAAGGAGUCGAGGAGAAACCUUGUACAAAGUGAAUGUGAUGCGUACCUUUGAUUCAAGCGUAUCGAGCUCUUCUUCUGUUCUUUCAACCUCCAUUUGUUCCUAUUCGUUGUCAUCAACUGUGGCUAGAGAGCAGUCCGUACAGUUCUCUAUUGGAGCAUUGGUCUGGCUGUGGCAAGAAGGAAAGUACGAAAAGGGCGUUGUGGUUGCAUCGCAGCACUUGCCGGCAGUUGCAGCGGGAGAGUCUACUGAUAUCUGCCCAGGUGCUACCAGUAGUAGUACAUGUGCUGAUCACAUACACAACAUGUUGCGAUACUCUGUCCAGUCACUUGCCAACUGUUGUAUGGUUUAUAAUGGUGUCGACCCGAGUCAACUUGCCUUUCGGUUCUCGGAGAUGCCACCCAAGCCAAGACUCCGAUCAGAGCAACAGCCAAAGAAACUUCAUCAACCAGCCAUCGUCAAGGAUGCCAACAAGACUACUGAGAAGGCAACUAUUGUCGAUUUGGUGGGGGACGAUAACAUUCAGGAACAGGCCAAUUCGAUCACUGUUGAUGGUAAUUCUUCCGUUCCAACCGAGUCACAUCCUUUGGAGGAUGCAAACACCUCACUGCGUACGGCACAUCACGACCAGCAAAAGUUGAGAAUGCCCAACACAGGCUCACCUGACAACCCAGUCUCCGACGCCACAUUAGCUAAUGACACAACCAAUGAUACCACAUCAGACAAUCAGCAGCAUGACUCCAUGACGGCAUCAAGGGUUACAGCCAAAAACAAUGAUGACAUCGCUUCCAGUGCAAGGUCUCAAAGCGAACAUGUUCGAGCCACCAGAAGGGUCAGCACGGAUUCCGCUUCUGGGCAGCAGGUAACCAGUACGAAAAGCAAAUCAUUACUCAGUAUGGUUGACACAAUUCUGGAGGCUGCUUCCACACCAACAGAGAAGGAGCGUUCUGGUUCUUCGCCACCUGCACGGUUGCAGGAACGAACAACUUCGAUCCCACGCAAAACAUUGAACCCUAGGACUAGCCUGCUGGGGGAUGCGACUGCAGGUCUUUCGGAUUCCACACAAAAUCAAUUCGGAGACGCCAACAGAUCCCAAGCUACGUCAGAGGAAGCAAAGCCUUCUGGUGGCGCGCAACAAAUCUUAGCAGCAAAUUCGGACCCCCAAAGAUACAACGGUCAACCUUUACCAAACGACCAAUGCAACGCAUUUUCGCCUGGCCAAACAUGGGCCACCGGUUAUGCCGAGAAACGAGAUUGGCCAACUUGGAACAGUACGCAGCCUAAAUUUCAGCGCAUUCACUUUGGAAGAUUCCACAACUUUAAAGAGGCAGUAAGGAUGAUGAAAUGGGACCAAAGAGUACAGCCUCACUUGAAAGCCUUCCUCUAUCCAAGAUGCUUGGCGUGGCACCUGUAUGGAAAGUGCUAUCCAAAUUGCAAUCGUAAGGAUGAUCAUGAACCUCUUAGCACGGAGGAGGCUCUGAAUCUAGAGGCUGCACUGGAGACAGUGACCAGUGCAUCAGGGCCAAUUUUUUGCAAGCCUACCACAAGCCGCGACGAGUCUUACGACAGUGAGUGGCAACUGCCUCCAAACAAGCGUCAGAGAGGAUAUUAUUAAUUGUAUCCCAGUUGGGAAGCUGGACUCUGUACUGGGAUCCAUGUACGACGAGUAUUGUGAACCCAGUAAAAUUUGUAAUGGGCUUCCAAAGUUGUUUGGUUGUUGUAACAAGCGGACUGGCCGAGACCAGUUUGUUUCCGUUUUCAGUUGUUAUUUUGGGGUGUAGCGCUCGUGGAUUGUCAAAUGGACCUUGAUUCAAUGAAACUCUGUGGUUGUGGUCGGGUCAAUGCAAAGCAGGGUUUGGGUGUUCUUGGCUGCAGGUCCAGCACGGCAGCUAAAGAUGAUGGUUGAUACUGAAUAUUCUGAGGAAAUGGUGUUUUUGGCUGCAGUAGGUUUUGAGAAAGUGAGAAGCAAUCUCUCAGCAUUGAAGGAUUGAAUCGAAUCUUCAUACUGCUUCGACCCACUCUAUUGCUUCUUCCCAUCACAACAAAACGCUGUGCUUCGGAGGUUGCUGACCCUUCCCGUGUGGUCCAAUAACUACCCUCUAUAACUAUUAUCCUGUCAACCGGUACUGCUGGCUUUAAAACUGAAGCUUCCGUACGUUCUGUUCGAUUGAAGAUUCGAUUC